AUGGCCUCGAUAGCGGCGAACAGGUUGGCGGCAGAGAGUAGAAGGAUGGCAGGUCCCCAUGCGUCCCAGAAUCGGAGCGCCUCAUCGGCCGGCCAGGCCAAGAUCAAGGUCAAGAACCCAGUCGUCGAGCUCGAUGGAGAUGAGAUGACGAGGAUAAUAUGGAAAGACAUCAAGGACAAAUUCAUUCACCCAUACCUCGACAUUGACUUGAAAUACUACGAUCUGGGUCUGCCUUACCGGGAUGAGACCAAUGAUCAGGUCACGGUUGACGCUGCCGAAGCGAUCAAGAAAUACUCGGUGGGCGUCAAAUGCGCCACCAUUACACCUGAUGAAGCACGUGUCAAGGAGUUCAACUUGAAGAAGAUGUGGCUCUCGCCGAACGGAACCAUUCGAAACAUUCUCGGUGGUACCGUUUUCCGUGAACCGAUCGUCAUUCCACGCAUCCCCCGCCUCGUGCCUGGGUGGGAACAGCCCAUCAUUAUCGGCCGUCAUGCCUUUGGCGACCAGUACCGAGCGAAAGAUGCGGUCAUCCGCGAGGCCGGCACGCUGGAAAUGGUCUUCACGCCCAAGCACGGCGAACAAAAGCGAGUCACGGUAUUCGAGUUCCCCGAGACUGGUGGUGUCGCUCAGGCUCAAUACAACACCGACGACAGCAUCCGGGGGUUUGCACAUGCGAGUUUCAAGUUCGCUCUUGACAGAGGGUACCCAUUAUACAUGAGCACGAAGAACACGAUCCUCAAGGCGUACGAUGGACACUUCAAGGACAUCUUCCAAGAGAUCUACGAGAGUGAAUACAGACCACAGUUCGAGGACAAGAAGAUCUGGUACGAACACCGUCUGAUCGACGACAUGGUGGCGCAGAUGAUCAAGUCGAGCGGUGGCUUUGUCAUCGCAAUGAAGAACUACGACGGCGACGUCCAAUCCGACAUUGUUGCACAGGGCUUUGGAUCCUUGGGUCUCAUGACUUCCCAACUCAUCUCGCCUGAUGGGUUGACCUAUGAAUCCGAAGCCGCCCACGGCACGGUGACGAGACAUUACCGGGAGUACCAGAAAGGUCACGAAACCUCGACCAACCCAAUUGCCAGCAUCUUCGCGUGGACUCGUGGACUCGUCAAGCGUGGUUCGCUCGACAACACUCCCGAGCUGGUCACCUGGGCCGAGUCGCUGGAGAAAGCGGUCAUCGACACCGUCAACGAGGACGGUGUCAUGACCAAAGACCUCGCGUUGGCAUGUGGCCGAAAGGACCGCGAAGCCUGGGUGACGACGUCGCAGUUCAUGGAAGCUAUUGAGAAGCGGUUCAAGAAGAAGUUGGAGAGCGAGGGUCUCGGAGAAGUCGCGGCGAAAAAGUGA